UAACAUCAAUAAUUUCCAUGUUAAAAUUAAAUGUUUUAGGCCAAAAAGUUGUUUUUACAGCGUUUGUUUGGGGGGGGGAAGGUUUUGGGUACUUUUUACCACAACGGAAACAUUGAUUGCCAAGAUCAUUUAAUAAUAUUACAGAUAUAUAUAUAUAUAUAGAGAGAGAGAGCUGUAACAAUCCAGAACAAUGAAGAUCAAUGAAUUGAAUGGGAUUAUAGUUAAAGAUUUACCCUCAAUCUAAUCACUAGAAGACAUUUGUAUUUUACCAAACAAACUGCAAUGGCUUAAAUAUUUGCAUUUUUUUGUUUAUAAUUUUUUGUUCAUAUUACUAAGUGUGCGACCUGCUGGGUAGCUAUGAAGGUUGAAACUUGUGGUCUGCGUCAGGUGGAAUGUUUGCAGAGCAUCUUGUGUUUAGCUGUGACAUACUACAUCUUUCUCCCAGCAAGCCUGUGCAGAUGCUGACACACUGGCCCCAGUGAACUCCCUUCUUAAGCAAAGAUAUAUUGUGUUUCAUUGAGGGAAAAAAGUUCCCUGUGAGUUUUUAAAAAUAGUAAAAACACAAAAUGUAAGCUGUAAAUGAGGCAAAAAGUAAGCUUUAGGAGUUGCACUGACUUCUCACAUCAGAUUUAUUAUAAAGAUUCCAAAAUGGUUGUCAAGCUGCAUAAGGGUGCAUGCGUCUGUUUGCUUCUUUUUACUGGACGUCUAACUGGCCUAUGAGAGAUGGCAGAUCCCAUUGGUACCAAAGGUGGAGCGGAGCACAGGGGUCGUGCUGGUCUGAGCCCCAGAGCUGCCACUUUGAAUGGUCCUCCUGUUGAGCUCAAAGUGUGGCCCAAGAUGGCACUUUAGAUCGGGACAUCAUCACACAGCCUGAAUUGGAAUAGCUCCAUCCGCACGAGCCCUAGAAAUCUUCACUUUGAGGAAUAUGCACUUAUAGUCUGUGACUUUUCGCAAAUCUGAAAAUGCCAGCCAACAAAGCCAUGCUGGUGUUUGCAUCACUAUUUGUCAUCUUAGGAUGCACACAAGGCCAAAAAUUACAAAGUUUUGAUCUCUUGGAGGAGUUCCGUGUGUCCGAAUCGAGAGGAGUGAAGCGAGUGGAAGGCUCAGAACCCGAGACGGUGGCUUACCGCGUCAACCCCACCAUCCAUCUGCAGAAGACCAUGAGAGACGUUUAUCCAGAUGGUCUUCCCUCUGACUACUCCGUCAUUGCAACCUUUAAGUUGACCAAGGACAUGGUUAAGAAAUCGUGGAACCUGUGGCAGGUCAGCGCCCCAGAUGGUCAGGAGCAAGUGGGCCUGCGUUUCCAGGGCAAUACCCUCUCGCUGGACUUCUUCUACAUCAGCCCCAGUGGUAGCCAGAUGCUGAGGACCUUCCACGGCGUGGGGAAGCUGUUUGAUGGCGAGUGGCACAAGUUGGCACUGAGUGUUAAGGGUAGCCAGGUAAAACUGCUGGUAGACUGUGAGGAGGUCAGUGUGGAGUCCAUUGACGAUCCAAUGCCAGUCAUCCGCAACGGGUACACCUCCAUUGUCAAGCGAGCCGCGAGGGAUCGCUCUGUCUCAGUGGACCUGCAGCAGAUGGACGUGUCAUGUGACCCAGAGAAAGCCUAUUCCGAAGGCUGCUGCGAGCUCUCCAAUGUGUGUGGAGGCUAUGCAGAGAUCGGUCUGACAGCCGGAAGAGCGUCUUGCAAAUGCAUGCACGGACAGCCGGGCAUCCAGGGACGUCCGGGGCCACAGGGCCACAGAGGUCUUCACGGAAAAGACGGUGAUCGAGGGAGACAAGGAAACUGGGGCAUCACGGGAAACACAGGAGACUAUGGCAACCUGGGUGAGCCAGGCCCCAAGGGUGAGAUGGGAAGCAAAGGCGAAAAAGGAAUGAGAGGACUCAGGGGCCCUGUGGGGGAGCGAGGUCCUAAAGGGCUGAAGGGAUUAAAAGGGGCAGCAGGCUUCAAGGCUGUUCGUGGACCCUCUGGAGACAUCGGACAGACUGGGAGGCAGGGAGAAGUUGGUAUGAAAGGCGAAAGAGGAUAUGAAGGGAUUGACGGGUACCAAGGAGUAAAGGGCGAGAAAGGGCGCACCGGUCCAGAUGGGAACCUUGGGCUGCGGGGCGAGCCGGGUAUUGUAGGAGAUCCAGGAGAGAGUGGGGCUGCUGGACAAAAGGGGAAGCCCGGAGUCACUGGACCUCAUGGUAAAGAUGGCACCAUCGGACAAAAGGGAAUUGUUGGAGAUCCUGGAAUACCAGGUAGAGAUGGAGAUCCUGGAAUAGAGGCCUAUCAAGGACCACAAGGUCACCAUGGAAAACUUGGACAAAUUGGCUCAAAGGGGGAGAGAGGCAGCCUGGGAGUACCAGGAGAAAUGGGCCCCCAAGGUCGAACUGGUCUAAGAGGUUACAAAGGCUCUGCAGGGAAACCAGGAAGACCAGGAUUUAUUGGACCACCAGGACCUAAUGGACAUGUGGGAGUGGCCGGAAAACAAGGAAGCAAGGGUGACACAGGAAUCCCGGGAAUUCAAGGAGUCAAAGGAGCACAAGCGGAAAAAGGUGUCAAAGGCCCAAAAGGAAGGGUUGGAGACAGAGGUCAGUCGGGUCCUCAAGGAGGACGGGGCAAGCGCGGCCCCGCGGGCACGACUGGACGCUCGGGUCCCAUAGGAAUCAAAGGUGUGCAAGGUGAAGGAGGACCAGAUGGCUUUCAGGGGUCCCCAGGUCCCCCAGGUCCGACGCUGGCGGCUCAACAUGUGAUCGAGGUCUGUAAGAAAGUGGUGCUGGAGCAGAUGUCCACCUUUGCCAACUCAAUCAAGAGGACGUGUGCCGCAGUAUGUCCUCUCUACGGGGAUGUUCCCAUGGGUGCCCCUGGUCCACCUGGACAGAAAGGCCCACCUGGACCUCCUGGUGAUCCUGGAAGAAACGGCGAUACUGGAGAAGUUGGCCUGCCAGGAUUUUAUGGUGAAGCUGGAGAUGCGGGUCAGCAAGGAGGGCCAGGUGAGAGAGGAGAGCAAGGUGAUAAAGGAGCCAAGGGUCAUGGCCUACCUGGCUACACUGGAGAGCAGGGAAACAUGGGUCAGCGCGGACGUCCCGGGCGGGUCUUUAACGGACAACCAGGGAAGCUCGGUGAGCGGGGACAAACGGGCCUGCCUGGAAUCAGAGGCCAUGCAGGUCUCAGAGGACCCCCGGGUGUCUGCCUCACCUCUGGGUGUGCUCUGUUCACUUCUACAAGUCCAGCACCUCAGGUUGCUCCUCAGGCUGCACCCCCGCGAAGGUUGAGGAACCGCCAGUAAUGGAAAAGAGCCCAGGUGGACAGUUGACUAUUGAAAGGACCAAAAAGUCUUGGAUUCAUUUUUAUGUUCAUAUGUUUUCAGUCAUAUAAAUAGAAUUUUUAAUGUAAAUAUUCUUUGUAACUGAGACUCUUUUUUUUUUUGGACCAUAUGAACAGAUUAACACCCAAAAAACUAAUAUGGAAUGAUAUUGAUAUUGAUAAUGAUGAUGUAUAAAAAUGCAACCUUUAUUUGAUUUUAUUUAAAAGAUUUCACAAUCUGACUUUUCUUGAAACAUCUUUUCUUUAUAAUAAAAAUUAAAAAAAUGUAUUUACUAUUA